GGAUCAGCAUACUGUAUAACAUAAAUAAAUUCGAUAAACUUGACUUAUAAUUAGUCUAAAAACUUAUAUAUAUAUAUAUAUGGUGACUUCUACGGCGCCCAGGGCAAAAGCCGGGUACGGGUACCUUGGCCGAUCUUAACCGUUCGUUUUCAAUCUCCACGGCUCACGUUUGUUAAACCUAACUGCGCCACUAAAUAACUAAACAAAUUACAAAAAGCCUCCUCCGCGUUAAGUUUGUUUUCAUCCUAGUCCAAUUAACUGCCCAGAUUAAAUUAAAUGGAUUAAGACCCAAACCCAAUUGGGUAGACCCACUGCCGCCCAAACCAAUUUUCAGUCUCCCUAACCAAUUACAUGAUCCCUCUCUCGUCUUGGAGGGACGCCCCUUCACAGUUCCAAGAGAAGCUCCCCAUCCACAUUCGACGUAGAUUGAAUUUCCCAAAAAAAAAAUUGUCUUGUUUCUUCUUCGCCAUUGUAUUUCCCCUCGCCUAUCUCUUUCUAACACGAUUACGGCGACCAUGUCUAUUAUUGUGUUCAUCGAACUUUUCAUUUGCAAAAGAACCCUUGAAAGAGGUUUGCUAACCCUAGGGUUCAUGUCCCUAGUGCUUUGUCAUCUUGUCUUAGCGUUAUUGUGAUUUUCUCGAGCCUUAUAUCUCUCGGUGAAUUUAGGUUUCCUGAUAUGUAGUGUUCGUCUCGCCUAGAGGAUUGAGGAAGAAGAUGAAGAACACAUAAUUUGAUUCGAAUCGGAUGGAGAGGUCUCCUUAGUUUGUGUUUAUGUAUUAACGGUGCGUUUAGGACUAAUUCUAGUUGGACUGGGUCUGAUCAUUGAUUUUUGCAGGCUUUUAAAUAACAUUCAAACGUGGGCUUGUACAUGACCCAUGCAAUAUUCAAAAGUGGGCCUGGAACGUGCGAGCCCAUUAGUUUUCUCCUGCGGUAUCAGCGCCAACCCUAGUUUAACUAGCUUUAGUUACCCUAGUUUAACCUACACGAGUUAACAUCAUCAUUACUACAUAUCUUCCCAAAUCUUCUAACUCUUGACAUUCCAGACUCAACCGUCUCCAUCACACGUCUCCACACUCAACCCCCACGGUCACUUUUUCUUACACCUACAAUCUCUCUUUCCUCCAUCUUCACCUUCCCUUGUUCCUUCUUCCUCUGACUCCAUGGCAAACAAAGGCAAAUCGUUUGCGGAUAUGGGCAUACUAACUCUAUCAAACGACGACUGCCGAUCCACCCCAAGUCUCGCGGACUAUCUUUCAUUCACGAGCAAGACAUCUAUUGUGGCCGAGCACGAGUUCAUCCACCUGUCCCCUUUCCCUCAAGAAGUGAAGCAGUUAAUUAAAAAUCUUGGCUGGGAAAAGUUCUUUGAUCUCCGGAGUCGAGGAAGCACCAGUUACUGCCCGCAUGUGGUGAGGAAGUUCUACCACAAUUUAGAGCUGUCUGGUCCCUCCGAUUCUCAUCUCGUGUCGGUCUUCCUGGGUUAUAGAACCUCCUUCCCGCCUCAUCAGUUUGCUGAGAUCCUCGAUCUCCCCGCCGCAGGACACCACAUUGAUAGCAGAAGCGAUCUUCGGCUGUACGAUUUUGUGUUCGAAGUUGAACUGGCGAGACUGACGAAUGGGCGCAUCCAGGCUUCUUUCCUCCCAGAUCCUCUUCGAUUCCUCCAUUGGAUGAUCGUCAACUGCUUCAUGCUAAGGUACAAUGGUCAUUCGAUAAUUCGUAAACUUGACCUGUUUAUCCUUGUGCAAGCUCAAAGAGGUGUUCCUCUUAACCUCGCAUCUCUCAUGUGCGUGAACAUGGUUGAGGCUGCUCCUAGAGGGGUAAACUGGUACACUGCCUUUCCAUAUGCCACCUUCUUGACCACCUUUCUUGGAAGGGUUGGGAUGGAUAUGGGGGUUUAUGCUAGGGAGGACCAUUCCGCCUAUUUGCCAGUCUACCGCAUCGUCGAAGUGACCAAUACUUUUUAUGACCUUCGGCAUACGGAGCAUGAAGAGACCCCUGAGGCAUCUUCAAGCAAACGUCCUCGGCUUACAUGAGAGUCGAUUGAUGCAGGGCGGGGUGGAGCAGUGCAUGGCGGGGUGGAGCAGUGAAGGGGCCAGCAUUGGAUGUGUUUUGUUAAGAAGUUUACUGUAAGGCUUCGUUGUUUUUUUUUCCAGUCUUUUUCUCCAGCACUCAAAACUGUCAGGUACUGAGGGGAGCCAGUACAUCAUCUGACUAGGAAAGUCUCCCAUUUUUUUAAUUAUCCAGACAAAUAUUUUUCUAUGCAUGCAGUAUUUUGUGAAUUUGCCAUGGCUAAUUUCCCUAAGACAGGUGACGAGAUGCAGUAAUGGUCAUCCCUAAGCAAGGAGGUGCAAUUGCAUCCUACACUUGCUAUGAUGUGAGAAGCUAUUGCAAGGGUGCAAAUUUGGUUGCAAUUGAAAUUGGCCCACGAGUGGGGACUAUUGAUGAAAUUGCAAUGUUUUCUCAAAAUUAUAGAAGUGGAAGUAGGGACUACCUAUGAAAUUGCAAAUGAAUUUCAUUGGGGGAGAUUUUAAUCCGCUUUUGUUCUAAGCAGUUCCAAUUAGGUUGAUUAUAAUGAUUUUUUAUGUAUGGUGAUUUUUUCCCCUUUUUCGUCAAAACUCAUGCUUCUUUUAUCCCCCUGUGGAUCUAUCAUGCUUCGUUUAUAGUAAAAUAUCCUUUUAAUU